AUGGCUACUGACAUGAUAAGACAGCCUCUGCUCCAAGAAUCAUCAGCUCCCCCCGAUCAACUUCCGAUCAAGAUCACACCCAAGAAAAGAAGAUUCAGGCGUUGCAGAAGCGCCCCAUCAGCAGACACGCACUCUGACUUCUCCCCACCCGUUGGCUCCUUUCCGGGAUCUGAACGCUUUUCGGGUGAAACAGGUCCCAGCCUGAGGCAAGUGGUGGCCUUCCUGGUCGUCUACUUGGGAACAGCCACUGUCUGCUUCUCGGUGGUUCAGAACCAGAUCGGGGGCACGAAGACUGUAGGUCUCAUCGAUUCCUUGUACUUCUGCAUUGUGACGAUGACCACCGUCGGCUAUGGAGACCUCGUGCCGAAGAGCGUCUCGGCAAAGCUCAUCGCCUGCUUCUUUGUGUUCACUGGGAUGGCCCUGGUGGGUUUUCUCUUGAGUAAGGCGGCGAACUACUUUGUGGAGAAGCAAGAGGCAUUGCUGGCCAGGGCGCUACGUCUUCCUGGGGAGGCUCAGGAGAGUAGAGUCAUGAAGGAGAUUGGGGCGAACAGAGCCAAGUACAAGUUCCUCACCACUGCGGUCUUCCUGGCGCUUUUGAUGGCCGUGGGGGAAGUUUUCCUGUGGAAGGUCGAGAAGCUGAGCCCCGUUGACGCCUUCUACUGCGUCUGCUCCACCAUCACGACGCUGGGUUAUGGUGACAAGAGCUUCUCCACCUUGGGAGGGCGAGUUUUCGCCAUUAUCUGGAUCCUAACCAGCACAAUCUGCCUCGCCCAGUUCUUCCUCUACCUCGCGGAGUGGAAAACAGAAAGUAGCCAGCAGCUGCUUGCCGAAUGGGUCCUCAACCGGAGGAUGACCUUCGUGGACCUCGAAGUGGCAGACAUGGAUCAGGACGGGGCCGUGGGGUAAGAGAAAUCCUAGCACUCAGAUGAAGCUCUGUUCUUUCUUCCCUCCCUUCUUUCCUAAGUCACCCUCUCUCGGUAUCUGUUUCCUUACUCUACCAGGGCAGCUGAAUUCAUAAUAUAUAAGCUCAAGGAGAUGGGGAAAAUCACUGGAGAGGACAUAGCGCAGGUAAUGGAGGAAUUCGAGGAUCUGGAUGUUGACCAUUCGGGCGCGUUGACCCCAGGUGACCUGCUGCUUUCUCGGUCGUCGUCCUAG